AUGAGCCGAUGUGUGGCCCGAAGAGCGGCCAAAGGGGCGUCGUCUGUUCGCUACUAUAGUAUUGUUCACGAUGUCCCUCCAGUCGCAGCCAGCUUGGGCCAGACUCUUCCCCCGAAACCCCAGGGUCAGUCUGUCUUCGACCAAGCAGUCAAUGCCACCGGACCUCGAAACAACUGGACCAAGGAGGAGAUCUCCCAAAUACACCAAACUCCGCUGAUGGAGCUGGCGCUCGCUGCUGGUAAUGUUCACCGCCGCUUUCAUAAACCUUCGGCCGUUCAACUGUGUACCUUGAUGAACAUCAAGACGGGCGGUUGCACGGAAGAUUGCUCUUACUGUGCCCAAUCCUCUCGAUACAAGACCAAUCUGCAAACAACCAGACUUUCCACCGUCGAUUCCGUCAUUGAAGCCGCAAAGAUCGCCAAAGCCAAUGGAUCAAAUCGUUUCUGUAUGGGCGCUGCCUGGCGUGAUAUGCGGGGGCGGACGAGGGGAAUGAAGAAUAUCGUGGAAAUGGUGAAGGGAGUACGGUCUUUGGGUAUGGAAGCCUGCGUCACCCUGGGCAUGCUCGACAAGCAACAGGCCAUGGAGUUGAAAGAAGCCGGCUUGACGGCCUAUAACCACAACCUCGACACCUCUCGCGAACACUAUCCCAACGUGAUUACCACACGAAGCUACGACGAGCGAUUACAGACCCUGGAAAAUGUCCGUGAGGCCGGCAUUCAUGUCUGCAGCGGGGGUAUCCUGGGAUUGGGCGAAACUCCACGAACUGACCAUGUCGGUCUGAUCUAUACACUAGCCACGCUUCCCGAACACCCGGAAUCAUUCCCCGUCAAUAAACUUGUCCCUAUCAAGGGUACCCCGAUGUUCGGUCAAGAACCCGUGAAACUGGAAGACAUGGUGCGAUGCAUUGCCACAGCCCGCCUCGUCAUGCCCAAGACCAUCAUCCGAAUCGCAGCAGGAAGGGUCAGCAUGCCUGAGAGCGAGCAAAUGCUCUGCUUCAUGGCUGGCGCGAACGCGAUUUUCACAGGCGAAAAAAUGCUCACGACCGACUGCAAUGGCUGGGAUGAGGAUAAGGCCAUGUUUGAACGAUGGGGCCUGACACCAAUGCAGACUGAGGCAAGCAAGAUCAUUGAGGAGUCCAAGUUUGAAGGUCGAAAUUUUGCUGAUCUACGUGAUGAGAGUAAAACAGCUCCCCAACCACGGGCAUAG